UCUGUAGAAGCUGCCUAGUGAAAUAUUUGGAGGAAAACAACACCUGUCCGACCUGUAGAAUUGUUAUACAUCAGAGCCACCCGUUACAGUAUAUUGGUCAUGACAGAACAAUGCAAGAUAUUGUUUACAAACUUGUGCCAGGCCUCCAAGAAGCGGAAAUGAAAAAGCAAAGGGAGUUUUAUCACAAACUGGGCAUGGAGGUUCCAGGCGACAUCAAAGGGGAGACGUGUUCUACAAAACAGCACCUCGAUUCCCAUCGAAAUGGUGAAACUAAACCAGAUGAAAAUUCAAAUAAAGAAACUUCAGAGGAAAAACAAGAAGAAGAUAAUGACUACCACCGAAGUGAUGAACAGGUAAGCAUCUGCUUGGAAUGCAAUAGCAGCAAAUUGCGUGGAUUGAAACGAAAAUGGAUUCGUUGCUCAGCACAAGCAACAGUGUUACAUCUAAAGAAGUUCAUUGCCAAAAAACUUAACCUUUCUUCUUUUAAUGAGCUGGACAUAUUAUGCAAUGAGGAGAUUCUUGGAAAGGACCACACACUCAAGUUUGUAGUUGUUACUAGAUGGAGAUUUAAGAAAGCACCUCUACUGCUACAUUACAGACCCAAAAUGGACUUGCUGUAAGAGAACUUUAUUGUCCUUCUGGACAGAGUUUUUUGCAGAGACUAUCACCUGGCACCUUCUUAGUGCAUCACUAAUCACAUGACACAAAUGAGCUGAAUAAUUUUGGAAGAACUGUAGGGCUUUCAUAGUGGACUGUCCUUCUGCAUAUUUCUUCUAGGGAUCUGUUACCUAGAUUUCUGGACAGAAAAUAUUUAUACUUUUUUUGUAGGGAAGAAAGAAGUUGCAACUCAACAAGACACUACCAGCACUUAAGUUUACAGAUACUGAAAACACUUCACAGUUCCAUGUAGCUCAGCCUGAUUUAUCUCUUUAAACUUACGCAGAAAUAAAUUAGAAUGUUGUGGGGUGAUUUGAAAAUGUUGCUUUUGAUACCAAGUUGCAUUUAGUUACUUUUGACAUUCUGAAUCUUUAAAACUAUAUUUUUGCAAGGUGUUACUGUCUUAUAUAGUAUGCCUGAUUGCAUUGGCUU